GCGGCUUUCAGCAGGGAAAUUGGGGGCGCGGUUUUGAAACGAGGUCUGAAGGCUGAACGUGAGUGAACCGAAGUCUGAGGUCAGUCUGUUUUCUAGGCCAGGUCACAACGGAUUGGAUUGUCAAUUUAACCUGUGUAUUCUCUGCCACCCGGGGGACAUGACCUCACAGUGAUUUCCGUGAGCGUCUCUCAAGAAGCACCAGAGACGAGUAUGGUGGAGGCGAGGAAGCCGCUCUAAACUGGCAAUGCCGGAGAAAGCGUGGAUGUACCUCCGCAAUCCCGAGUUUAACUUGGAAAGAGCGGCGCGAUUUUCCCGGCCAUCUGGUGGUCCCGGCGCCUGUGGGUGGUUACCCAUUGCCAAGACGCUCUCACUGUUAAUUCGGAAAGAGAAAAGUCACCGUUUUCCCACAUUUUUCUUGGAGGACAAAACAAUAGGGAAAAUGUCCAUGUUCCCUAAAAUAUCGUUGAGACACGAGGUUGAAAAGUAUCUGAAAGAGGGUUUUGUGAAUAAGGAGGUUGUAUCUGCCUUUGGAAAACAAGAAGCAGAAAGGAAAUUUGAAACUCUGUUAAAUCGCUUGUCACAUCCUCCAUCAUUCACAACAGUAAGAGUAAAUACCCACCUAGCCUCCGUGCAACAUGUGAAAGAUCUGUUGUUUGAUGAACUUCAGAAGCAGUUUAAUGGAUUAAAUGUUCCUAUUCUUCAACAUCCAGACCUUCAGGAUGUCUUACUUAUUCCUGUUAUUGGACCUAGGAAGAAUAUAAAAAAACAACAUUGUGAAGCAAUUGUUGGAGCACAAUGUGGCAAUGCAGUGUUAAGAGGAGCCCACGUCUAUGUUCCAGGAAUUGUGUCAGCUUCAAAAUUUAUGAAAGCUGGAGAUGUUAUUUCUGUAUACUCUGAUAUUAAAGGCAAAUGCAAAAAAGGAGCCAAAGAAUUUGAUGGAACAAAAGUAUUUCUUGGAAAUGGGAUUUCUGAACUAAGCCGCAAAGAAAUCUUCAGUGGACUACCUGAACUAAGAGGUAUAGGCAUAAGAAUGACAGAACCAAUAUAUCUCAGCCCCUCAUUUGACAAUGUACUGCCCAGCUACUUAUUUUUACAGAAUUUGCCAUCUGCUGUAGUGGCUCAUGUUCUAGAUCCUCAACCUGGAGAGAAGAUUCUGGAUUUGUGUGCAGCACCCGGAGGCAAAACAACACACAUUGCAGCAUUAAUGCAUGAUCAGGGAGAAGUAAUAGCACUGGAUAAAAUAUCCAACAAAGUAGAGAAAAUAAAACAGAAUGCUUUAUUGUUAGGGCUGAAUUCCAUCAAGGCAUUUUGCUUUGAUGGAACAAAGGCUCUUAAACUCGAUAUGGUUAAGGAUGCUGAAGGAAAACCUCCAUUUUUACCAGAAUCUUUUGACCGAAUUCUUCUUGAUGCACCAUGUAGUGGAAUGGGACAGAGACCAAACAUGGCUUGUUCUUGGACUUUGAAGGAAGUGACAUCAUAUCAACCAUUACAGAGAAAACUCUUCACUGUGGCCGUUGAGCUGCUGAAGCCCGGGGGCGUGCUGGUCUAUAGCACAUGCACCAUCUCGCUGGCUGAAAACGAAGAACAGGUCUCCUGGGCCCUCCGAACGUUUCCUUACCUUCAGCUUCAGCCCCAGGAACCACAGAUUGGAGGGGAAGGAAUGCUGGGAGCUGGCCUAUCAUUGGAACAAUUGAAACAGCUGCAGCGAUUUGAUCCAUCUGUUGUGCCAUUACGGGACACUGACAUUGAUGCUCUCAGAGAUGCCAGGAUAGAAGACAUGAUUUGGCUGGCAAAUAAGGAUUGCAUAGGUUUUUUUAUUGCAAAAUUCAUAAAAGGCAAAAACACAUAGAAGAACUCUUAGAAGUGAAAAUUCUAAACGUUCACUAUAUGGUUUUCUUUUUGUUCCCCCCAACUGUUGUGAGGCAGAGUGGCCGAGGAAACAGAAAAGGCUGCCGGCUGUUGUACCAGGGACCAAGAGAUUUGAUCAGGAGACUCUACUUCAUGGAGGAAGGAGUUGGGGGUGGUGUAUAUUUUGUAUUUUGUAAAUAAUUUUUUUCUUAAGGAUUAGCACAGUAUAAAAAAAGGAGAUGCCUACAGAUAUUUGGAGCACAGAGCGUAUUUUCAUUUGGGGCUUUGUGUUUUGAUGUGUAAAGAAUGCACAUAAUUUUUAAUGUUAAAGUUUGUGAUUCUAACAAAAGGAAUAAAAUGAGCAGUAUUUCAUUUGGUAGAAAUUUUUCUUUGUUCUUGAGUUCCUAAAGUAGUUCCUAAAAAUUCAGGGUAUGGGAACUAUAAUGUUUUCCAUAUGCCCAUAACUGAACUGAGCAUUUUAUCGGAAUUUUUCUGUUUACUACGUGAUAAAUCAACUUUUUUUUUUUUUUUAAGAUUUACAUAUUUGAGAAAGAGAGAGCGGCCGUGAGCAGGAGGGGCAGAGGGAGAUGGAAUCUCAAGAAGACUCUGUGCUGAGCACAAAGCCUGACCGAAACCAAGAGUUGGAUGCUUAACCAACUGAGCCACCCGGGUACUCCUAAAUCAACUCUUUUCAAAUGGAGUCUAGACCUCCUAAAUGGUAGUGUGCCUUUACCAUGUUUCUUUUUUUUUAAAUGCUUUUAAACUGAAACCUACAAAUAUUUUCUUCACUCUGUAUAUUAAAAUUAUGAGAAUAUUCCACAAUUUGGGUACUUUCAUCAUCCAUUGGAACACCCGUUAUACAAGUUAAUGUGAUAUGACUAGGGAGACAGAAAAGAGCAGCUUCUGGUAGCUGGAAACUGGCAUGGCACUUUCAGCUAUACCUUGGUGGUCUUGAACAUUCAUUCAUCAAACAUCAACAUCCGACAAAGCCAAGUAUGAAUAUAGUAGAUCAAGACAAAAAAGACCACUUUAUAAGCAAAUCUAGAAUCCAACAAAAACAUGAACAUCCCCUCAUCUGCAAAAGUAACCAAACAUCCCACUGUGAGCAGCCCGUAUGUGACUGCUUUUAUUAAAAUGUAAUUAUAACCUUAGGCUUGCUUCAUCCUACUGCUUUUCAGAUAAGAUACAUUAAAAUACCCAAUACCCAGCCCAGUUUAAAGGCUGUCUCUUACAGUAUUAAAUACAUCUAAAUGUUUUAACUUCCAUUCGGAUCACCCCAGAGUUUCUCAGCCUCGAGUAUAUAAGGUGGACAGUUGGGAACAACUGCCUAAUAGUUCCUUUUUUUUUCCCCCUCCUAGGUUUCUGUUAGGAAUUUUUUCUGACUGUUGUGUCCAUCAAGAUGGCAAAGUCUCUUUGAUCAGGAGCAAAAACAAGGAGCCAGCAGACGAAUGCCUUCCUAGUCGCCUUUGGCAGCAAGCUUCCUCACAUUCCCUGACUGCUCAACGGGUUCUCAAAGCAACAAGUAGCACAAUUAAAUACAAAGCCAGGUGAGUAGAAUUCUAGGUUUCGCUCUCGAGUCUUGAGCACUCAGUUCCAUCUCAGUCACUCGUGCACGCUUUUACACACUCGUACACACAGACACGCUUGCAUACGGAGGUCCGGCUCGUAUACUCCAGUGCAGUGACAUAAGACACUAGCUACUAAGAAUGUGUUUGUCACAAUCAGUGUGAACUGCAUGGAUUAGAACAACCUUUGGAGUUUGGUUAUAUUUACCAUAAUUUAUGGUCAAAAUUAUAAACUUACAAGGAUGGUAAAACAUUCAGAAAUCAAACCUCUUCAAGUCAGGCAAUCACACGUAUUUACAGUAUGUACAGACUUUCUAUUAGAAUGGGGAUAGGUGUCUAGACGAUAUUACAAAUUUCCUGAAGGUGGGCAUUUCUAGUCCCUGUAAUUCAUAAAGCAAAUCUGCUGACUUGGCAUUAAGACUCUAAAAUAGUGUGAUCAAACUGAGAGAGAGAGAUAUAUAUAUAUAUAUUAUAUAUAUAUAUUAUAUAUAUAAUUAUCAUAAGAAGGUGUUGCAGAAAUAACAUUUACAAACUAUACAGUACACAGUACUA